GAAGACAGGGUGAGUGAGUCAUACAUGAACAAUCUACUCAAAUACUGUAUCAAGAAGCCUGCCCAUCAACUGUCCAAGACGGUGACUCGAGAUAUUUGCACUUCGUUAAAGAUAUCCUUUGCUCCACCUGCAUUAAGAUAUUACAGUAUGAAAAGAAGUAUUAAAGACAAGAUCAAUUUGAAUGAAACAGAAACCAAUAUUCGAAAUGUAUUGGUGAAGUUCUGUGACUACCAUAAUUCUUUACCGGAUACCGAUCCAUCGAAGAAGCUUGAAUUGAGAAUCACUGGUGGAUGGGUAAGAGACAAAUUACUAGGCAAAGAAAGUCACGAUAUCGAUAUUGCAAUCAAUUUUUUAUCUGGAGAGGAAUUUGCAAGCUUGUUAUAUGAUUACCUUGUUGAGCAUUAUCCUGAAUUGGAAUUGAAAGGUUUGCAUAAGAUUAAAAAGAAUCCUGAAAAAUCUAAACAUCUCGAAACUUGUACUACAAAAUUAUAUGGAUUAGAUAUUGAUUUUGUAAAUUUGAGAAAUGAACAAUACACCAGUGAAAGUAGGGUCCCUAUUAUAGAAUGUGGCACUGCAGAAGAAGACGCCUUAAGAAGAGACGCUACUUUGAAUGCUUUGUUUUAUAAUUUAAAUAAAAAUAUCAUUGAAGAUUUCACCGGUAAAGGUUUAGAAGAUUUACAUAAUGGGAUUUUAAGAACUCCUUUACAACCAUUACAAACUUUCCUCGAUGAUCCAUUACGUGUUUUAAGGUUGAUUAGAUUUGCCAGUAAAUUUGAUUUCACUAUUGAAGAAGAAACUUUGAAUGCAAUGAAGAGUCCCGAAUUAAAAUCAACCCUUAUUCAUAAAAUCAGUAGAGAAAGAGUUGGGGUCGAAAUAGAAAAAGUGCUAACCAGCGAUAACGCGCAGUAUGGAUUAAACUUAAUCAAAUUUGUUGAUUUGACUGAAAGCAUUUUCAACACUGGUACCAUUUAUGAGUCAAUUCAACAAUCUAAUGAUGCUACAGUAAUCUCAGACUUAUCUGAGAAAAGCUCUCGUUUAUCUUCGCGAGUUGAAACCAGUACUGUUCUCAAACCAGUUUUUGAUUCUAUUAUCGAAAGCAAUCGUUUCAGUCACUUUUCUCCCCUUUACAGCAAUUUAUUCCAAGACGACCAUCUUAAAAAGUUGUUCUGGCUUGCUGUCAUACUCCAACCUUUUGGUUCCUUGGAGGUCAAGGUCAACCCAAAAAAGCAAAACUUUUUCCAAAUUGUUGAUAUCAUACUGAAAGAAGGCUUGAAGUACGGUAAACACGAUUCCGAUACGAUUUCUGGAAUAAUCAAAGAGUCCGUCACCUCCUACCAAGUCCUAAGCGACUUCUUUGACAACGGCGCAAAUAUACAAAGAUCAAAACUUGGGGUCUAUCUCAGAAACUUUGGUCAGUACUCUCCUUUAAACCUUAUUUUUAAUUGUUUCAAUGAUAUCAUAAAGAAGGUCAUCGUAUCACCAAGCCCAGACCAACAAGCUCCUUACCCUAGACCAGACCUCUUUCCCUUCUCUGAGGCCGAUUUAAACACCAUAAAAAGCACCAUCCAAGAAUACGAUUCUCUCAUCAAAUACAUCCACGACCAAGCCUUGGCCGAGGUGGACAAACUCAAGCCAGUUCUCGACGGUAAAACAAUCUCCAAGUCUCUAGAUAAGAAACCCGGUCCUUGGAUGAAGUCUAUCACCCACGAAGUUCUCGUGUGGCAAUUGGACCACCCAACCGGGUCUCAAGAUGAAUGCUUACAACACAUCAAACAGUACUUAUCAACCCAACUCUAAUCACGCUACUCCAUCACUCUUUAAAUAGCAUUGCAUCGUAUUCGGU